AUGCUUUUUAAAAAAAGGCCGUUUUUAUCCUUUAUUAAAAAGUAUAAUAAUAACUAUUUUAUAUUAAUUAAGCUAAAUAUCCCGUACUAUUAUAAGAUUUUUUUAAAAAUAAUAAAAUCGUCGAUUUUUAAUAAAUAA